AUGUCUUGUUAUGAUGAUGAUAAUGAUGGUCAAGACUGCAUGUCAGUUUUUGAGAUGGUUUCUAGUGAAGAUUGGUGGAAGGGGAAAUCUAAGAUGAGUCAAAGGCUUACACUCAAGGAAGUGUUUGAGAAAGAUAUAGGGCUUGAUGAUGAUUUGCCUCCUUCUUACAUAAAGGGCUGUGGUUUGGUCCAGAGACGUAGAGAAAAGAUUAAGGCGUCUAAGUUAACGAUUGAUGCGGUGCAACAUCCUUGUGACAAAGCUAGUGGAAGUGAGUUGUCUUUGGAGCUUGAACAUAGCAAGAAGAAAAGGAAGAGAGGUUCUGAAACUGAUCAGGAGAAUUUGGUUAUAGAGACUUUGCUCUUACACAAUGUGAGUGAUGAAGAAAUUGAGAAGGGGUAUUACAAUGCUUUGCUAGGUUAG